AUGGUAGAAGGCGACGGUGGUGGAGGCCGUGGGGACGACGGUGGAGAUGACCGGAGGCGGUGGGGACGAUGGUGGAGACGGCCGGAGGCGGUGGGGACGACGGUGGAGAUGGCCGGAAGUGGUGAUGACCGGAGGCGGUGGGGACGAUGGUGGAGACGGCCGGAGGCGGUGGGGACGACGGUGGAGAUGGCCGGAGGCGGUGGAGAACGACGACAUCAUGCCGCGUAUGCUUCGUAG